AAAAGAACUAAUGGACCUUUGAUUUUAUUCCCAUUGGCAUUUAGAAUGACAUGUCAAAGAACUGUUUAUACUAUUACAUCAGUUACUUGUUGAUGAAUCAAAAACUUGUAGUUGAGAUAAGGAGACUUCUUAAAAAAAAUCAAAACAUCUAGAAUCUUGAUCAUGAUAUUGGAUACUUGUGAUGAAGCUGAUCAUAUAUAUUGAGACCAAUUGUAGUUAUAUUUUAAAAGAAUGGUUUGUCCUCCAGAAGAUGGCCUCUGUAUUAGGGUGACAGUUCUAGAUACUAUAGGGCUGUCAGAAAAGUCACAAUGCUUUAUACAGCUCAUACCUUCAAGGACCAUUGAGAGUAUUUUCCAGGAAAUAUCAAAGGAAUUCAUUUGCAAUGCUGAUGAUAUUGAACUGACUCUGCAGUACAAAAAAGGAGAUAUUUAUGUCCUGAACCACAGCAGAGACAAGACCGUGCAGGAGGCUGGCAUCAGAUGGACGCCGCUCGACCGCCUCACCAUCAUACUGGGCCGCGCGAAGGUCCAGCAGCCGAUCGCGCUGUUCGUGCCCGACGCCGGCGAGGACGAUCUGCUGUUGGGCGCGUCGGCCAGCCCGACGGCCGGGGAGGGGCUGCCCGGGGCGGGCGAGGGUCCGCCCGCCCCGACCAGCGAGUACGACAACUUCCCGUCGUCCUCCAGGUCCCACCCACAGCCCAUACCCACAGAAGCGCACUCCUACGUCGGCCUCGUCAACCAAGCGAUGACAUGCUACCUGAACAGCCUGCUGCAGGCGCUUUACAUGACGCCCGAGUUCCGCAACGCCCUCUACAACUGGGAGUUCGACGGGCAGAACGAGGCGCGCUCGAUCCCCUACCAGCUGCAGCGGCUGUUCCUGAACUUGCAGACGUCCGCCAAGUCGGCCGUCGAGACCACCGAUCUCACCUACAGCUUCGGAUGGCAGAACAGCGACGCGUGGCACCAGCACGACAUCCAGGAGCUGUGCCGGGUGAUGUUCGACGCGUUGGAACAGAAGUUCAAGGACACCAAGCAGGCGAACCUCAUCAACGACUUGUACGAGGGCAAAAUGUUGGACUAUGUCAAGUGUUUGGAGUGCGGCACGGAGAAGUCGAGAGAGGACACCUUCUUGGACAUCCCUUUGCCGGUGCGGCCUUUUGGCAGCGCAGUCGCUUACAACAGUGUGGAGGAGGCCCUUAGGGCGUUCGUGCAGCCGGAGACCCUCGAAGGGAACAACCAGUACAAUUGCGAAAAGUGCAACAAGAAAUGCGACGCUCACAAGGGGCUCAAGUUCACGAAGUUUCCGUACCUGUUGACGUUGCAUUUGAAACGGUUCGAUUUUGAUUAUAACACCAUGCACAGGAUCAAGCUCAAUGACAAGGUCGUGUUUCCUGAAAUCCUCAACUUGAAUUCGUUCACCACCACCGUACGGCGCGACAACGAACCGAUGGAUGAGAAGGAGAACGUCAUCAAAUACGACGAUUGCAGCACCACGGAUUCCGGGUCGGCUGAUGACGAGAGUUGUCAAGGAACAGAUGUCUCGUCGACGGUCAAUGGCCAGGACGAUAACUGUGCAGACAGCGAUGAAGGUAUUGAUGUCAGCUCUGGAAACAAUCAUGAAGAAGAAGCUAAAGGUCCAUACGUCUACGAGCUAUUCAGUAUUAUGAUCCAUUCUGGAAGCGCGUCGGGCGGCCAUUAUUAUGCAUACAUAAAAGAUUUCGAGAAAAAUUUGUGGUUCUGCUUCAAUGAUCAAAGUGUCAGCUCGAUUUCUGAUGAUGACAUUAGGAAGACCUACGGCGGAGGAACACCUCGCGGUUAUUAUUCUGGAGCUUACAGCUCCAGCACCAACGCCUACAUGCUGAUGUAUCGGCAAAUAGACAAAAAUCGGAAUCGCAGGGUAAUUGGGGUCGAAGACUUUCCCCCGCACAUUCAGAAGCUCCUCGAGGAUAUGCGAAAGAAAGAAGAAGAGGACAGGAUAAACAGAGAGAAGCAGAACGACACGAUGAACAUGGUCGUCUAUUGCUGGCACCCGCAGACCCACAAGCUGCAAGACGCCAAGAUACCCGUGUUCAAUGACGCGACGCUCGCCGAGACGGCCCAAGACGCCCACCGACGCUUCAACCUCGACGCGUCGUCGGUCGGUCUCGCCGACUGCCGCAUGGUGACCUACAACAGCCAGCACGAGUGCAUCGACCGCAGCUUCGAUUCGGACGAGCUGCGCUUCUCUGACAUCAUUCACAAGAUGGGCGGCGUGAAUGUGUUAACGUUGUGGAUGCUGGAGAUACGAGAACCAGGAACGGAAUGGACCAAAUACAAAGCGGAGGGCAUCAACAUGAAAGUAUACCCAAUCAACAUAGAAGCAGAAGAAAUCGACGAACCGAAACUGGUGCGUGUAGAUGUCGACGAUAGGAUCAGCGAUUUGAAAAUGAAAAUAGGCCAUCUUUUACACAUGGAUCCUACUACAGUCAAGAUUGUGAUGGAGAUAUACAGCAACGAACCGAAAUAUUUGGACAACGACGACGCUCUGGUGAAAUUCGACGCCAACUGUAGCGUGUACAAGCUUUACGCGUCGAACGGUAUGGACGAAGACCCGGAAAAAAACUUCGCGAUUUCCAAGUUGAAGAAGGUGAUCGAAUACUUCCGUUACACCAUCAGUUUGAAUGUGGUGCUGCCCGAUACAGAUAUAGCUACGUUGGAGUCCAAAUCCAUUCCCUCCUUGGAUUUGAACCAGAAUUUGGAUAAACUGGAACUGGGCAGCGGCGAUAGAUGCACGAACUCGCCCAGUUUGAGGGUGUCGCCUCAGCCGGGUACAGGCGAUGGAUUUGGGGACCAAAGCAAUAGCGAAGACAGCAGUUUGAGCGACAGCGAUAGGACGUUAGUCGGAGAAGCACCAGGCGAAUGCCUCGCGGGGAUAUCGAGCCACUCCGAUUCGCCCGCCGACCAGCACAUGGCCUCGCCCACGGACCCCUGCGAGGACUCCUACAACUACGACGUGCUGGGCCAUCCCAGCGAAGACAUGAACUGGGACGACGUCGAUUCGCAGCAGCUGCACGAGCAGACGUCAGGCAGCGCCAACUACUACUUCAGGCUCACCAGCGUCGUGCACAACGGGGAGCCCCAAAGCUCCGAGAACAGCUGUAUAAGGUGUUGUAGGAUUCUGGUAGACAAAAGGAUGACUCUAGAGAGGUUCAAGAAGCACAUGGAGGUUAUCCUGAAAGUACCUGCAGAGUAUUUCAAAAUCUUCAGACAGUAUUCAGAUACCGAUGGUGAAUGGAGCAACCUAUCUGAUACUUUGAGAUCUGCCAAAGAAAGGUUAACGAUAAGACUGGGUCGCGUCCUGCAAAAGGACGAGGUCAAGUGCGGCGUCUACCACCUGAGACCGGACUGCGCGGACGUCAAUCGGUUCCUCUUCGACCACAUCAUCUCCAAGGGUCAGCAGGUCGGCUCUGCGAAGAGGGACAUCCUGCUGCAGGCGAAGAAGCAGCACAUGCUCGACAUACCGUACGGCAAGUGCCGGCUGCGGGAGAAGAGCUGGAAGCGGCCGAGGAAGGUGUAUUUCGACGACCAAAAGUUCGACAAGGACAUCGUCGUCACUACCAGCAUGGAGGUGUUCCUGCAAGAGUUGGCGGAGGUGGAUAAGGUGACGUCGAAGGACCAGCUGGUGUUGUUCGUCCGGCAAUGGUGUCCGUCGACGUUAACGCUGCGACCGUUCCAGGAGAUCGUGCUGGAAAGUUCGACCGUGGAGGAGCUGAAACAAAAGCUGUCCGAGGCCUCCGGCAUUCCCGCCGAUUGCGUGGAGGUGACGAACGUCAAGCAGGCGAUGCCCUGCGAGCUGCACCUGCUCGAAAUACACUCAGACAUCGAUUGGAAUCCGAACGUCACCAGCCUGGAACAGUGGCCGGUGAGUGCGGACGACGGGUCCGUCUUUUUCUACAGGGAUAAACGUGAACCGUUGAAAGAGCUGACCGCCGAAGAGAGGAAAUCGAUCAACCAAUCGGAGAACGCUCGUCUCGGCAAGCUGAGCACGAAAUCGUACUCUCCAGGUAGAGAGCGAGCACUGAAAAUCUAUUUGGACACGUCGCCGAGCAAACCGAGCGAAGACUGUUUAGACUGACAUGCCACGAAACAUUUCAAUCCAUUGUUCUAUUGCGUCGUAAGUUGAAAUUUCAGAAGCGGUUGUGAGAAUAAAUAAGCGCAUUUCAGAAAAAAAAAAACAACGCGUCUGAAAUGCCUUGGGGUUGGGCAUUUUUUUCCGAAAUCUGUGGACAGGUUAGCGGCUUCUUCAAGGCACUUCGGACGUUUUCAAGGUCACGAAACAUUUCAAUCCAUUGUUCUAUUGCGUCGUAAGUUGAAAUUUCAGAAGCGGUUGUGAGAAUAAAUAAGCGCAUUUCAGAAAAAAAAAACAAAACGCGUCUGAAAUGCCUUGGGGUUGGGCAUUUUUCCGAAAUCUGUGGACAGGUUAACGGCUUCUUCAAGGCACUUCGGACGUUUUCAAGGUCACGAAACAUUUCAAUCCAUUGUUCUAUUGCGUCGUAAGUUGAAAUUUCAGAAGCGGUUGUGAGAAUAAAUAAGCGCAUUUCAGAAAAAAAAACACAACACGUCUGAAAUGCCUUGGGGUUGGGCAUUUUUUCCGAAAUCUGUGGACAGGUUAGCGGCUUCUUCAAGGCACUUCGGACGUUUUCAAGGUCACGAAACAUUUCAAUCCAUUGUUCUAUCGCGUCGUAAGUUGAAAUUUCAGAAGCGGUUGUGAGAAUAAAUAAGCGCAUUUCAGAAAAAAAACACAAUGCGUCUGAAAUGCCUUGGGGUUGGGCAUUUUUUUUUCCGAAAUCUGUGGACAGGUUAGCGGCUUCUUCAAGACACUUCGGACGUUUUAAUGGUCAGGAAACAUUUCAAUCCAUUGUUCUAUUGCGUCGUAAGUUGAAAUUUCAGAAGCGGUUGUGAGAAUAAAUAAGCGCAUUUCAGAAAAAAAAACACAACACGUCUGAAAUGCCUUGGGGUUGGGCAUUUUUUCCGAAAUCUGUGGACAGGUUAGCGGCUUCUUCAAGGCACUUCGGACGUUUUCAAGGUCACUGUGGAUCAGUCCGACGUACAACAGGUGUUCUCAAGGAAUCUGUCACCUUUGACAUUUAACAUUUUAUUAGUAAGGAAGUUCUGCCAGCGUUUUGUCUUCGAGGUUAAAAAGGUCUUCCUUCUCGUUUUUCGUGUUACCAUUGUCAAAGGACCAAGCACACAUUAUAUGGGAAAAUGUCUUUCGGUGAAAAUGGCUAGAUUUUUGAUAUGUUGUAGCUGAAGUCAUUCUGAGAAAAAGACUCCAUUGGCCCAACUCGAUAGUAUGACCAGAUUCGGCGCUAAAGGGUGAAAGGUCAUGAAUUUUGUGUAUUUUUGAGGAAGUAUUUCCUCCAAAAGUAAAAGAACAUUCCAAUUUCGACCUACCUUUUCCCCCUAUAUACCUACUUCCUAUAGGUAUUCACGAUGGUUCUCGAACAUAAUAGGGAAUCAAUUAAAUGCGCUCCAAGAGAUAGAGAAAAAUAAUAAUUUGUGGUUUCAUCGAAUUACUGUUGAUCGCAGGUACAUACAGAUUCGCUAAACAUUGACUUGAGAAUUUGGGUAUUAGGUACCAGGUUGAAAUGAUCGGAUUGAUGGUUAUCACUGCACAUGCAAGCAAGGUUCUAGUACUCUGAGAUCAUGUGCGCACGUAGCCAGUGUGCUGUGGUUCCUUGAAUAGGUAUGCUUGAUAUGAGGUUAACAUCAGAUAUUCCAAUUCUCCACUAUUUUACAAAAUACAAAGAGUUUCCUUCCAUAUUGAUGGUAUCUGCGAUAUAUACACUGGCUAAAUAUAUUAUAACAUUCCAUUACUCUUUCGACUUCCUCUGAAAAAAAAAAACAUGGAUUUUUUGCAUACGGAUGUGUUCGUGAAUCGUCUUGUUGUAUUUCGUAAAAAAGGUUUAGAGAAUUACUCUGCGUUAAUGAUUAUAUUUUCUGUUUUUUUUUGGACAACGUUCAUUCUGAUCAAUUGUCAUUGGUGAACUCAAUAAAUUAGCCAAGACUCAUAGACGAAUGCAUUCUCAUUCUCUGAAAACCAACCUGUGAAAAGGCUAUUUCAUCGUUUCUGUGCCCUUGAAACAUAGGUACCUUCCACCAAUCUCAAUAACUCCCUACCGCAUAUCAUCAAUUUUCAUUUUGGGGUGAAUCCAUAUCACGAGAAUUUCAUAUUAUUCAUUGAGCACCACAAUCUCAAAAAUACACAAAAUUCAUGAUGUUUCACCUCAAUCACCGAAUCUGGUCAUACGAUCGAGUUGGGCCAAUGGAGUCUUUUAUUCAGAAUGACCUCAGCUACAACGUAUCAGAAAUCCUGUUAUUUUCAUCGAAAGACAUUUUCCCAUAUAAUGUGUGCGUGGUCCUUAACAUUAUCUUACGUUGCUACCCUGAACACAAGGACAGAAGGAAAAGACAUACUUUUCUCUGUGAAUGCUGGCUGAACCUAUCUAGGAAUUAUUUAUUGCAUUGAUACAGUACAUGGCGAAUACGAAACUCAUAUUUAAUUGUUUUAGUCCAAGAGUCGGUACCUGUGCCAAUUUCUAUCCUAAACAAAAUGAUCGAAAAAUGGUACCUUCCUGUGAGGUAAAUUUCGCAAAAUUUCGCGAUUUUUUAACAAGCUAAAAAUCAUGCAAUCCCAUACGAAUUAUUGAAUGGUAAAUCCCAAAAUUCAACCUGUGCACCUCUUAUCCAGAGUCAAAUCAUCUGCACAGCGAAUUAUCUGCUUCCGAACAGUAUAUCCGGAAUAACGGUAGCAGAACAUCGCUGUGCCGAGGAUUUGUCCCAGUUUAAUAAUAAUAUAAUAGUCUUUAUUUGAAAAAAAUAACCUUAUACAAAUCUACAGAACCCGUGAAAGGUUAUUGAAACAAACAGGCUUCAUAAAAACAACUAACUCAUCUAACUGAGGUACAUACAAAAUGAAAUAUUCACCAUUAAAAUGUUGUGUAGGUUUCCAAUUCUGAAUCUAGAUAUUCACACACCGUUUUUGGGUUCCAGAGAUAUCAGAAGUUUCCAGAUUUCUUUUUUGAAUACCUUGAGAUGGGAUAUUGUUUUAAUUCUGUUAGGUAGCUUAUCGAAUAACUUUGUGCAGUUGUAUAUCACGUUUUUUUCAGUAACAGCUAAUCUAUGUAUGGGGUAAUAGUAGUUAGAAUAUCUGGUGUUAUAAUUAUUUUGUGGUAUGUAUGUGUAGAGUAAUGUUUGUUUUUAAAAAAGUGCAGAAUGCAUUCUUGAAUGUAUACUCCUACUACUUUUGGAAGAACGUAACUUACCCCUGCAAGACUAUAAUUUAAUUUAUACAUCAUUCUGAUAAUUCUUUUUUGGGACAAAAAUAUUGAAGGUUGCUGAGAUCUACCAUUCGAUUGGUAUCGUUAUCCAAUCGCGAAAGUUAGUGCAAACGCCCUGUAUCUCGAGAACUGAACACUUGAAGACCAUAUGUCCCUAUUUCAGUGAUUAUGAAAUCACGAGGACUAUCACCUGUCAAGCGUUGUCGGUGGAAUUUUGCAACACCCUGUAGAUGCGUAUUUAGCACUGCACUGACUUCGGACAGAAUUCGUUUUGUUCAAACCAAUCUAGAGCAGAUGCAUGUCGAUAAUUCGAAUUAUUCUGGCACUGUAUGGAAGUUCAAUAUUGACAUUAUGAAUAUUCGACUGUUAUGUUUAGGACAACGUGCUGUUGGGUCCUAAGGCUGGAUCAAGCUAGAUCUUAUCAAAUAUCUCAAUUCAAAAUUAACAAAUUGUCAAAGUAUUCCUUAAAAUUCUAAGUAUGGAGAGAAUAAUUAUUUGGCUACGCGAAUACGCUAUAAGUUGCAUGGUUUCUAUUGCAUUUCUCUUUGCUAUCGCUGUCAUUCGGUGCCUUCAGUGAUAAGAACCGAACGUUAUAGGUCACUAAAUAAAAGCUCUUGAGGAUUAUAAUGUGAAUUUUGCUGUUUCACUUCACAUCAUCGUUGCGGUCGAGAUCAGAGAUCAAGAACCCAGAUAGCCAUGACUUUCGAUAUGGAUGUAUUUUCAGACCAAUCAGAAGGAUUCUAGCUAUGGCGGUCAAUUCGAAUUGAACUAGGCGACUGAAUUCAAGAUUGUCUCGCCAAAGUGCCCGGUUGUGGAAAUAUAUGGAAGUACAUCGUUUUGAAAAUGUUAAUUUGCUUGUGUAUAUUAUUUCGAUUUUUUGGUAGUGGUUUAGGCAAAGAAAACUUCACUUUUGACUGUUUAUUUGUGUAUUCUUGUGGUUCGAGAGAGUGUGUUGCACUAGCAAAAAUGCCAUUCAGUAGUUAACUAUUGUAACUAUUGUAUUUGCCCUGCUACUAUAAAGUGGAUCAGCCUGUAUACAUGUUGUACCCCCCUUCAAAGUGGAAUAUUAAUUAUCCUACUGUUUCUGACAGUUUAAUUCGGAAUUAUAACUUGUAUUGAAAACAUUCUGCAUUUGUGUAGGUAAUCGACCAUGGUGCUGUAUCAGUGUAUGAAUUCAAACAAAAUUUCAAUAUCAAUCAAAAUUCAUACUUCUUGGUGGAUCAAUUUCUUUUGAUUGAUAAGUUUUUAGUUCACUUGAAAUGUGAAUAAUUGAAACGAAUCAGUCAGAGAUGUACUAAUAUUUACUGCAAUUCAUAGUUUUUCCUCAUAUAUCUGAUUUUUUAUCCAUCAAAUAUCAAUCUGGGAGCCUGUUAUUUCUACAAGUAUUAUUUGAACAUUUCUCUAUUUAUUUACACAAAUUAAUAAUUCUGGCCAGUAUGAAGUUUCAUGAUACCAUUUAUAAUGUUUCAUCAUUUUACUUAUUUUAUAUUGUGAAGCUACUCAAUUUUAGUAUUUCAAUUGAAAUAACUACAAGUUUUUCUGAAUGUCGCUUAAAAUGUGGUUGUCAUAUAUAAUAUUGUUGUUCAGUGUUUUCAUACCAGAAGAGUGGGUAUGUGUGUUAAUAUAAUAAUUUCCCAUAAUUUUCGUUUUUUUUUAUCAAUAUUAAUACUUUCGUUAUGCUAGUUAUGAAAAAGAUCUGUUGUACGCCAGUAAAAAUCGACAAUAAAUGAACAAAACAUGACGUAUCUCUGAUUUUCUAGUAUGUUGUUUGGACCCAUUAGGGUAGUGUAUACCCAAGUUUGCAACUCUCAAAAAGUUGUGGAAAAAGUGUAGCACACGAAAAACUGCGAAAUUUUCGGACUUUCUUCAGUUUUUGCUGAAUGAUGAUCUGAUGUUCAACAAUUUCAAUUCAAGCGGAGGUUGAUUAUUAACGAAACUACAGUACUUUGAAUAUAGGCAAUUUUUUUCAGAAAAUUAAAAUUACAGUCUUGGACAUUAGACCGAAAUUGCGGCUAAACCAUUGAUACUACGAGUAGAACUUGUGGAUUGAAAGUUGUAGGCCAUUCCAUCAGCUUCGAAUUAAGCACAUAACGGGGUCUUUAGGCCUCUUAGUUCUCUCAGAAUAUCGAAAAAACCAAUAUCAGAUAGAAUCGCAUAUCUCCGGAAAUGUUCCAAAACCUUUCCUAUCUUUUGUUUUUUGGUGUGGUAAUAGAAAAAAAUGAUGAAAUGUGUUUUAAUAUGAACAUGGUCAUGGUUGUCUUGAGGCUCAUUAAAGUUCUCUUGAGUCUCGUCUUCGUCAUCCUCUUCGAUGAUGAUAAGGGCAGCGUUCUGGCACGUUUCCCCAGAGCAGGUAGCACACAUCACAGAACAUUUGAGUCCCGCUUUUAGGCAUCCCUUCUUGCAUUUGCAAGAAAGAAGUUUCAGGAGCUCUGGUGGGGCAGGGGCUUUCCGACUGGUAAUGGAGAUGAGUCCAGCCGACCUCAAUUCCCAACGUCAGUCGGCGGCAUCUCUCUCCAUCCCUAUAGCCACUUUUGCACCUGGUGGUAUGUGCGAUAGUGAUGAUACGACGCAGCUUCUGUGGUUGGUAGCAAACGCGCCAGAUUCGCUUUGUCGUUGGCCGCUGUCUUCACGAAAGUACGGAAGCGAACAUCGUUGAGGGUGUCUGUCGUCUCUCGGUGUGUGGCAUGGUAUGUGCAAUAGUGAUGAUACGACGCAGCUUCUGUGAUUGGUAGCAAACGCGCCAGAUUCGCUUUGUCGUUGGCCGCUGUCUUCACGAAAGUACGGAAGCGAACAUCGUUGAGGGUGUCUGUCGUCUCUCGGUGUGUGGCAUCUGGCUGGAGGAAAACUUUUGCUUGGUCUACUAAGGCUUGAUUCUGUUUGAAGUGGCCCCACAUUUUCAUCUUCCCCUGCCAGAAGAGGGCAGAGGUGGUGUCGCACCCAGUGAAUGCAUGGGCGAACAGCUCAAAUCCAAGUGGUACCUCCACUUCCUCUUGGUUGAACGAGCUGAUGGAAAACUGGAUGCAACCCGCCUCGCCUCUGCUACUCUUCUGGAAGUAGACGUUCGAUUUAGUGGAUCCUAGACCGCAGAGGAGCACGAGUAGAUCAACAUCCUCUCCAACGAUGAUGAAGUGGUCAUUGGAUGUACUUUUUUGCAGAGCAGUCAGAACGAUAUCGCGGUCUGCUUCUUCUUCUUCUGCUAUUUUUGUCUCAAUCCCCUCGAGAGCAAAAGCAGAACAGGGAUGGUCAAUGAGACGAACUUUGUAUUUGUCAUUCGAGAGCAUCUUCUCUUGGGGGACUGUGAUGAUGGUGGAUGCGUCAAAUACAAUUUCCACUGAUGCUGCAGAAUACCGUCGUGAUCGCUUUGCAAAUUUUGUGCUCUUUCGGGCGCCAUCAUACAUUGACUUAUGAAAUUGGUACCUACCUACCUACAAUUUAAUCGAUUUGGAGUUCUGCUUUGACCCAAAUCUUUGAAAUUGGUGAAUGUUCAAAACUCACUAUAUGCAACAAAACAGUGAUUUGGUAGAUAUCUGAAAAAAUGCGAUAUUAUCUUAUAUUGGAUUUUUCCAGAUUUUGAGAACGACAAGGCCUACAGUCCCCACUGUGUGCUCAAUUUGAAGGUAAUGGAAUUUUCUAAAAAUUUUAUUACAUGAGUUAUACCUGUAGCAUCAAUAGUUUAGCCGCAAUUUCGGUCUGAAAUUGGUCCAGAACUGAAACUUUCACUUUCUGAAAAAAAUGGGCUAUAUUCAAAGUACCGUAGUUCCGUUGAUGAUCAAUCUACAGAGCUUUGCUUAGACUUAAAUUGUUGAACAUUCGAUUCUCUUCAAAAACAUAUGAAAUUUUUUGGCGAAAAAUGCAUAGUUUAGGAGAUAUAGAGUAAAAACUGGAGAAAGUCCGAAAUUUUCGCAGUUUUUCGUGUGCCACACUUUUUCCACAACUUUUUGAGAGUUGCAAACUUAUGUAUACACUACCCUAAUGAGUCCAAACAACAU